UUUCUCUCACAUAAAAAAUGCCAAUAUUUGUCUAAAGUUAGGGAAAGGUAGAGGAUGGAAAGUUAUAGAGAAUUCCUUUCUGUUGUUAUUGUGACAACUGUUCUCUCUCACUUUCGGUCUCUCCCCAACUCUCUCCCUCUUCUAUCAUCUUCUCUCUCUAGCUCUCCCUCUCUCUAUGUUGUUGUUGUUAUUGUUGCAACUGUUAUCUCUCUCUCUCUCCCCCCUCCCCCUCCCCGUUGUUGUUGUUAUUGUUGUAACUGUUAUCCCUAUCGUUUUGUCUCUCUCCCUCUCUCUAACUCUUUCCAUCUCUCUCUUUCUAUCUCUCAUUCUCUCUGUUGUUAUUAUUGUUGCAACUAUUCUCACUCUCUUUCUGUCUCUCACACUCUCGCCACUCUCCCUCUCCAUCUAUCUCUUUUUAUGCAAAGUAAAUUUCGAUCAAUUAGUCCUCGACUUUGCAAAUUUUAGUCAAUUAUCUCCCCUGUGAUGUGUAUCCCGAUCAAUUAUCCCACAUGUGACGUGACACCAUGUUGACAAGUGUCACAUAUGCAGUUAACAGUCACGUCAUCACAACAAACGAAAUAAACAAAGCAGGAUAUUUAAUAGACAUCUUACAAUUUCAGGGUUGUAUUUGAUAAUUUUCAAAUUUCAUGGGAUAUUUGACGAAUUAUAAAAUUUCAAGGGUCCAAGUUUCGCGGCCAGCUCUUUCACAUCUGCUCAGAAAAACGUUGCCGGAGUUCUUCGUCGGCCAUCAGAACUGUUAGGAAUUGAGAAUGGAAGAAGAGAAUAAUGAAAUUAAAUCAUUUAAGGAUUUGGGUUUAUCUGAGCAAUUGGUGGAUGCUUGUGAGAAAAUUGGUUGGAAGAAUCCACUAAAGAUUCAAACAGAAGUGAUUCCCCACGCGCUACAAGGAAAAGAUGUGAUUGGACUUUCCCAAACGGGUUCUGGUAAAACUGGAGCUUUUAUUCUUCCUAUAUUGCACGCCUUCUUAGAAGCACCACAACCGCACCUAAACAAUUUCUUUGCUUGUAUAAUGUCUCCCACAAGGGAGCUUGCCAUUCAGAUUGCUGAGCAGAUUAAAGUUCUAGGUUCUGAAAUUGGUGUCAAGUGUGCUGUGCUGGUUGGAGGGACUGACAUUGUACAACAAUCCAUUGAGAUAGCAAAGCGACCUCAUAUUAUUGUUGGGACGCCUGGGCGAGUCUUGGAUCACCUAAAAGAAACCAAAGGAUUUUCUCUUGGUAGAUUAAAAUUCUUGGUCUUAGAUGAGGCAGACAGGCUGUUGAAUGAGGACUUUGAAACACAACUUAAUGAGAUUUUAGAAUUUAUUCCUAGUAAGCGGAGAACAUUUCUUUUUUCAGCUACGAUGACAAAGAAGGUCCGUAAGAUCCAAAGGAUGUGUUUAAGGGAUCCUGUGAAGGUUGAAGUAUCAUCCAAGUACUCUACUGUGGACACACUGAAGGAGCAUUGUUGCUUUGUGCCAGCAAAACAUAAGAAUUGCUACCUCGUAUACAUUCUCAUUGAAAUGACUGGAAGUACGGCAAUGGUAUUCACUCGGACUUGUGAUUCAUCGCGGCUUCUGGCUUCAAUUCUUACGAAACUUGGUUUGAAAGCCAUCGCAAUUAAUGGUAAUAUGAGUCAGUCAAAGAGACUCGAAGCCUUGGAACAGUUCAAGUCUGGGGAGUGCAAAAUUCUCCUUUGUACUGACGUACUUAGUAGAGGACUGGAUAUUCCAGAGGUAGAUGUGGUGAUUAACUACGACAUUCCCACGGAUCCCAAACUUUAUAUACAUCGUGUGGGAAGGACUGCUCGUGCUGGGCGUUCCGGUGUUGCCAUUUCUCUUUUGAACCAGUAUGAAGUGGGGUGGUUCAAAAAGAUAGAAGAACUUAUGGGAGGCAAGAAGGUACCAUUGUAUACUGCACAAGAAGAGGAAGUUUUGCUUUUGAAAGAGCGCGUUAGUGAGGCCAAAAGAUCCGCAGAAAAGGAAAUUAAGGAAUCCUAUGAGAAGAAGAAAAGGAGGGGAGAAGGAGAUUUAAGUGAGGAUGAGGAGGAUACUGACAAGUACUUAGGUCUCCUUUCAUCAAAAAUAAAUAAGUCAGCAAAAAGAAAAAAGACAAUGGCCGGCACCGGUAAGAUAGAUAACAAAAGGAGAUUUAAGUAAUGUAUAUUUUUUCUUCUUAAACUUGUAUUUUUUUUUUCCCAUUAAGUUUUCUUGUAAAAUUUUAACAAUAUAUAAAUAUCCUAGAAAUUUUAUUCUUAAUAUUUAUUACAAGCAAAAUGUUCAGAUAGUAUUGUUUGACCUUGACAGGUAAAUGUUUCAAAUUAGGUUUUGAUUACCUCUUUCUUAGGUUAUACUAUGUCUGCCCCUUUAAUA